AUGGUUCGCUUUGCUAUAGCUGAGGUGGCAACGGCGCUGGCGUGUCUGGCUGUCGGAGGAGCAGGAGCUUUGCCAUCUGAGAACAGGGACGCGUGCGUGGUGACGGCGCAAUGGACCGGAUGGGAGAAUAUCAAGCAUGCAUUCGUCUUUGGAGAUAGCUACACACAGACAGGUUUUAACUACACCCUGUCGCCGCCCUCGCCCGAGAAGCCCUUCGGGAACCCCGACUACCCGGGCUGGACCUCGUCGAACGGGCCGAAUUGGGUCGGCUUCCUGACCUUCAAGUACAACGCAUCACGCCUGCAGACCUACAACCUCGCCUACGGUGGCGCCACUGUCGAUUCCGCUCUCGUGCAGCCGUACAUCCCCACCGUCCUCUCGGUGCGCCAACAAGUCGAGGACGAGUUCACGCCCGCGUACACGGGUGCCUCGCCGCGCGCCCCAUCGGCCCCGCGCUGGACCGGUGCCGACUCCCUCUUCGCUUUUUGGAUCGGUAUCAACGACGUUGGCAACACGUACGGCUCCGGGCCGGAUGCGUGGCCCUCGCUGUACUCGCGCAUCUUCUCCGUGUACGCAGGGCUCGUCGCCAAGCUCUACGACGCCGGCGCCCGCAACUUCGUCUUCCUCAACGUGCCCCCUGUCGACCGCAGCCCGCUCACGGUGGGACAGGGCCAGCGCGCCGCCGAGCAGGAGCGCGCGGCUAUCGCUGACUGGAAUGGCCGCGUCGCCGACCUAGCUGCUGCCCUCAAGUCCAACCACACCGAGCAGGUCAACGUCUGGCUCUACGACACCAACGAGAGCUUCGGCCGGGUCAUAGAUAACCCAACUGCCUUCCCACAGACUGCCGGUCUCAAAAACACUACCGCGUACUGCACCGCGUAUCAAAACGGCACCCCGACGCAAGAUACUUUGACGCCGAGCUGUGGCGUGGCUGUGAACGAAUAUUUCUGGCUCAACAACCUGCACCCGACAUAUCCCAUCCACGAACUCGUCGCCAAGGAGGUAGUAGACAAGUUGGAAGCGGGACCCGGCGUAUGCUAA